CCGUCCGUCAUACAAUAUCUUCAUUGCGACGCCACAACUCAGCUGCAUCAGCUUUGCACGUAGUUCGGUCAGCCAUGUACAUCUCCUCCUCCCCUCCACCGCCGUCCACGGCAUCUUCAUCCAUCAAUCCAAUUCCCUCAAUUUCAAAUAAUUCUCCUAAAUCCAAUCUCUGAAACAAAUCCCUCUUCUCAAUCUUUCCAAUGGCAGAAAAAUCUUCCAACUUUUCCAGGUUUGGUGAUCCAUCAACUUCUCCAAUCCAUCCACUCUUAUCCUCUUCAUCACCAUCUUCCAUCCAAGAUCCAACCCAUUCCGAUUCCGACCAAUCAUGUUACAUCCAAAUCACCUACAACCACGCUUCAAGACAAAUCAAAGACAUACCCAUUCUCCUCCUCUUCUCCCUCUGCUUCCUCUCCACCUUCGCCUUCGGUAUAUUCGCUUCCAUCAAUCGAAACCCCAGCUUCAAAAUCGCAUCUUCAUUCGUAUACGAUUCCAACAAUAAAUCCUGCAGAGUACCGGAUUCUAUCACCCACCAUUCGAAUUCGAUUUCAUCGUCCAAUUCCGAUGUGGUUAUUGAUGGGUUAAUCUUGGCAAUUGUAGUUACAUCGGUUUUGAGUGGACCCUUUGCUUUAUCUGUUCUUUGGUUACUCAAGCGUUACUGCAAGCAGGUUGUGUACUUUACCGUACCUUUCUUCGUACUUCUACCUGUUAGCAUUAAUAUAUAUUGGUUUGCUGCAUGUAUGAUUAAUUCCACUUGCAGCAAGGAAUUCCCUUUGGCUUAUCGGAUUUUAGUGCUUGUUUUUGUUUUCUUGGUGAUUGGAGUAUUGAUUUGGAUUGUUGUUAUCAAUUGGAAUCGAAUUGAGCUUACUGCGUUGAUUAUUGGGAUUUCUUCAAACGCUUUGUGGGCGAAUUUGAGAUUGUUUAUUGUUCUUCCGUGUUUGACGUUGGGAUUGCUUGUUUACUAUGUGCCUAUUGUGGUGUUCUUGGUGUUUGCGAAUGAGAAUGGGAAGAUUGUGGUUAGAGAGAAGAAGAGUGGAGAGUAUUACUGUGAUUGGAAGAGGGAUAUUUGGGUUUCUGGUUAUUAUGGAUUAGCAAUUGUUACUAUGAUCUGGUCUGCAGCUGCAAUGGUGGAAGCUCAAACUUAUGUUAUUAGUGGUACUAUUGCACAAUGGUACUUCUCUAAAGGAAACUCAACUACAAGGAAGAGUCUUCGGAAUUCUCUCAGAAACGGAUUUGGAGCCUCGUUUGGAACAGUGUGCUUAUCUGGAUCACUUAUAUGUGUUGUUCGCAUUGUGCGUACUCUGGUUGACACUGCAAGACAGGAAAACGUUUCAGGAAUGACAAACAUGUUAUUUAAAUGCUGUGUGAAUGCCCUGUUUUCGGCAUUUGAUUUUCUCAAUAAAUUCGCCAUAUACUUUGCAGCCAUAACUGGAGAAGCUUAUUGCUCUUCUGCUAAGAUGACAUAUGAGCUUCUAAAACGCAAUCUUCUAUGCACUGCCUUUGUUGAAACUGUCUCCACCCGUCUUCUUUCUGGAAUUAUAUCCGUCUUCUCUGCAGCUUAUGCUAUUCUGGUAUGUGCGGUAGCUUAUGGAGUGAGUGAUCUUGGGGCGGGUUCCUAUAUAAUUGGCGCAAUGUCAUGGGUGUUGCUUAUGGUUGUUAUGGUUUAUGUUGUGGGAGUUAUCGACGAUGUGAUAGAUACUAUCUACGUUUGUUAUGCGAUCGAUAGGGAUCGUGGGGAUGUUUGUAGACCAGAGAUUCAUCAAGUUUAUGCGCAACUUCCAAUUUAUAGAAGUUACAGAUCAUCACUCUUAUGAGCAUUGUAUGUAUAAACUCUUCACCUCAUUUGUAUCCUUAAUUUUGAUCUUAUUAUUUCCAGAUUUUCAGAAAAUUCCCAAAGCUGUCGAAAAUUGUACAUUUCUCGAUAUACUACUUGUACAGUUGAGAUGUAGGCGGGAUCAAUUCAUUCGUCCAUUCAUUCAUUUUGAGGUCAUCAAAGUCGUCGAAGCUAUUCACAAACCCUAGUUGUUGGUUUAGACGGACACUACAGACAAUGUUGAUUUUAUUUUUUUUGGUUUGGAUCCUACCUUCUUUUGUUUCUAUGUAUAUAGGGAGGGGUUCUGUUAGCACGGUGACAAAAUGAGAGUGUUUUGACCUAUUUGUCAAAGAUUCGAAUCUCAACUUCAAGUUGGUUUGAAUUUGAGAACCGUUAUUAUUGACAAUGUUGAAACAAGUGUAGAUUUUUU